AUGGAUGAUGGCAGUUCUCCAGAGAUUCAACUACUAAUUCCAUUCAUAUUCUUCAAUGUGCCCUCUAGAUCCCUUUAUGUCAACAACAAUGGAGUGAUCUCCUUCAACAUUCAGGUGAGUCAAUUCACUCCAGAGGCUUUUCCCCUCAGUGACAGCCGUUCCUUCAUUGCCCCUUUAUGGGCUGACGUGCAUAAUGGUAUCCGUGGGGAUGUGUACUACCGUGAGACAACAGACCCAGAGAUCCUGGAGAGGGUCACUCAGGAUGUCAGAAAGUAUUUGAAGAAUAUGGUGUCCUUCACUGCCACCUGGGUCUUCAUUGCUACCUGGAAUCAGGUCACCUUUUAUGGAGGCAGCCAGACAACGCCGGUAAAUACAUUUCAGGCAGUUUUGAUCUCCGAUGGCCAAGCUUAUUUUGCUAUGUUUAACUAUGGAGAGAUCAACUGGAGCACAGGCACGGCUAGUGGAGGAGACCCUCUUACGGGCCUGGGAGGAACCACAGCACAGGCAGGUUUUAAUGGUGGAGAUGUCAGCCAUUUCUUGAACCUUCCCGGAUCACGCUCGAACGAAGUGGUCAACAUUGAACAGACCACUAAUGUUAACGUGCCUGGACGGUGGUUCUUCCGCAUUGAUGCCGACCAGAUAGACCCAGCAAAUGGCUGCAGCUACAAUGGGCGGUUUUACCGUCGUGGGGAGGUUUUUUGGUUAUCAGACCAAUGCACUCAGCGAUGUAGAUGUCUUGAUCUGAAUAAUGAGGUCAUCUGCCAAGAAACUCCAUGUGGUCAGUUAGAGACCUGUGAACAGGUGGAGGGGGCUUACUACUGCCAGCCUACCCGUACCAGCACCUGUGUGGUGUUUGGAGACCCCCACUACCACACUUUUGAUGGAUUUCUAUAUCAUUUCCAGGGUACUUGCUCAUACCUGUUGGCUCGUCCAUGCUGGGAAAUGCCUGGUUUGCCCUUCUUCAGUGUGGAGGCCAAGAAUGAGAACCGUGGUGUGACCACUGUGUCCUGGCUACGGGAUGUCACAGUGGAGGUGUACAACCACCGUGUCACACUACCCAAAGGGACUCUGGGAACUGUGCAGGUGGAUGGCCUGAUAAAGACUCUCCCUGUUCAACUUCAACUAGGCGCAGUCAAGGUAUACCAAUCUGGCGUUGCUGUCGCUUUGGAAACAGACUUUGGUCUUUUGGUGACCUAUGACGGAUUGCACUACGCCUCCAUCUCCCUCCCCAGCUCUUAUUUCAACAACACUUGUGGUCUGUGUGGUAACUACAACGAUGACCCCGCCGAUGAUCCCGUGUUGCCAGAUGGCUCUUUGGCAGAGAGCGUAGUGGAACUGGGUGGUAGCUGGCGAGCUGAGGACACAGAUUUUCGUUGUACAGAUGGCUGUGCCCAGAACUGUAGCAUGUGUGAACCGGCAGCUGAAGUGUUCUACUUUCGCUCAGACUACUGCGGGCUGAUCAAUAAGACUGAUGGGCCUUUCAGAGACUGCAGAGCUGUGGUAGACCCCACAGUAUUUGUGUACAGCUGUGUUUAUGAUAUGUGCAGCAAUCGUGAUAACAUCACCACCCUGUGCCAGGCUAUACAGGCAUAUGCACUUGCAUGCCAGGCCUUGGGAGUCACUAUACGACCCUGGAGAUCACGCUCAUUCUGUGCAUUGACAUGCCCUGAGAACAGCCACUACCAAAUCUGCACGAGUGCAUGUCCUGCCUCCUGCUCCGACCUGACGUCUCACCUCUACUGUACCCAUCCAUGCACUGAGGGCUGCCAGUGUGACCAGGGCUAUGUGCUGAGUGGUAGCCGCUGCGUCCGUCGCUCUGAGUGUGGAUGUGAGCGUGAUGGCCUGUACUAUGCCCUAAAUGAGACCUUCUGGGCAGGGGAAGGAGGCGAGGUGUGUGUAGCAGAAGUUGGGUUGUUGGGAUGUUACCCUCGUCGCGAAGCAGCCUGUUUGCUGUCUCAGACUCAAAUACUGGCUACGUUUGAUGGGUCCACAAUGCCGUUCCCUGAUGAAAGCUCAUUCUACUUGGUGAAGACUUUGGGACGCUUGCCUGCAAAUGUUACAUCAGUGGAGGUGAAGAUUGGCAGGAAGCUGGUGAAUAAGGGCCCUACAUGGCUACGGCCAGUGGUCGUUAGGGUCAACGGUGAACCAGCGUUUCUUCCUUAUGUCCAUCCAGUGGAGCCUUUAAUAAUAUACCGGUCCUCUGGCAAUAUCACGGUGAUUGAGUGGAGUGGUUUAGUCCGCACUCGAUACUCACGUCAGGGCCUGCUAAACAUCACUCUCUCCACUCUCUUUUACAACACCACCUGUGGUCUUUGUGGUUUCUUCAAUGGAGAUCCAAUUGAUGACCUCCGUCUACCUAGCGGAAGGCAGGCCGAUACACCCGAACAGUUUAUUGAAGGCUGGAAAGCCAUUGCGGAUGAUCUGACAUGCAAUGGCGAUUGUGAGGACUUGUAUCGUAUGUGUACAGAUUUAAGGCUGUACCAGAGCCCAUGGCUGUGUGGAAACAUCAAUGACCUAGGAAACGGCUCGUUCCUGGCUUGCCACACAGCUGUUAAUCCCUCUCCUUUCUUCAGGAACUGCCUCUACAACAUGUGUGUGCGGGAAGGAAACCGUUCUGCCCUGUGUAACUCCCUCCAGGCAUAUGCUUCAGCUUGCCAGGAUGCUCAGAUCAUCUUGGGAGCCUGGAGGAGUGCUACCAACUGCCCUCUACCCUGUCCAGAAAACAGUCAUUUCGAUGAGUGUACAUCUGCAUGCCCUCUCACUUGCUCUAACCUGGAUGAUCCUGAGGAGCCAUGCCCUCUACCCUGCUCCGAGGGCUGCCAGUGUGAAGAGGGAUUUGCCCUCCGUGAUGGCAUCUGUGUGGCACUUAGCGAUUGUGGCUGCUUCUACCUGGGCCGGCAGCUAGCCACCAAUGAGACAUUCUGGACAGACUGGGAGUGCCAGGAGCGCUGCUACUGCAACGGCACAGACAACAGUGUCUACUGCACCUUCUCCCCCUGUCACCCAGCGGAGUACUGCCAGGAGAAUGAAGGCCUGUUUUUCUGUCAGCCAAGGACAGAGGCCAUGUGUGUUGUUGCUGGUUAUGGACACUUUUUGCCAUUUGGAGGUGUACCAUUUGACCUCCAGAGCAGCUGUACUCUCCGUCUGGCCACUACUGAGUGUGGAGAGGGGGACGAGGAUGGCUUUGGGGGACUAGAGAGUGCAGAGACAGUUCUGGGAGGACUGGCCAGGUUCCAGUUUUCAGCUCGGAAUGAAGAGCGAGACACAGGCCAGGCUAUAUGGGUGCGGGGAUUUGUUCUGGAGGUCUAUGGAUAUGAAAUUGAGGUGUCACAAAGUUUCAAACACACAGUCACGGUGAAUAAAGAGCGCCUGUAUCUGCCUAUAAAACUCGGUCCAGGGAAAGUUAACAUCUACGCCCUUGGUCUGCAGUUACUUGUGGAGACAGACUUUGGUCUGAAGGUGGCUUUUGACUGGAAUACUCUACUGCUUCUGACUCUUCCUCGCAGUCUCUUUAACACCACCUGUGGGCUCUGCCAAGGAAUGCCUAUUACUGGUCCCACUCUAAGUGUCACAGAAUGGGGCAUGGCAUGGGCAGAACGUGACACCUUCUGCCAAGUUGGUUGCGGGGACUCUUGCCCUCGCUGUGGAUUGGCUGAGAGGGGCCUAGCUGCUGAGGUCCCCGCCCAAGUAACAGAUGCUGUUGGUAACAUUGACAUGGAUGAGGGUAACCCAGGAAACCGUUUCCACCUUGCUGAAGGGUUGUAUGUGUAUGUCGAACCUGAGGCGGUGAGAUUAUGUGGAUUUAUAAUAGACCGUGGAGGUGUGUUUGCGCGCUGUCACAGCAAAGUGGCACCAGCAUACUUCUACCAGAGCUGUCUGCAGGAUACAUGUGUGGAUCAAGGUGCGAGAGAGACCAUCUGUAAUUGGCUACAGAUUUAUGCCAAUACCUGUCAGACACAAGGAGUGUCUGUCAUUGGCUGGAGAAGUUCCACACCCUGUGUCCUGUCGUGCCCUGUGAACAGCCACUAUUCCAGCUGUAUGAUGGUGUGCCAGCCGCAAUGUGCCCCUGCACGUGGACAGAGAGACUGUAACCAGUACUGUGUUGAGGGGUGCCAGUGUGACCUAGGCUUUGUGCUCAAUGGCAAGAGUUGUAUCCUCAGUCAGAACUGUGGAUGCUACACGGAUGGUAAAUACUAUGAGCCUAAGCAGUUGUUCUGGAACAGUGACUGCACUAAACGCUGUCAGUGUAUUGGACGGAAUCUGAUUCAGUGUGACCCAAGGCGAUGCAAAGCAGAGGAGGAAUGUGUUCUACGUCAUGGUGUGCGAGGAUGCUUUGCCCGACGUAAUCAGCACUGUGUAGCAUCGGGUGGCGGCGUCUUCCGUACUUUUGAUGGUGCCUCUCUUCGUUUACCUGCCUCAUGCUCCUUUGUUCUUUCAACGAUCUGUCACAAGCUGCCUGAGUUAUCUUUUCAACUCAUUGCCAAUUUUGACAAGUGGAGUACACCCAACCUAACCACCAUCUCCCAUGCUUACCUCUACAUCAACGAGGAGAACAUUCUCAUCUCCGGAAACACAGUCAAGGUAAAUGGUACGCCCGUGUCCGUACCUUUUGUCACAGGUCUAAUGACACGAGUAUCCACAUCAGAGGGAUUCCUGGUGAUCGACACUCCCCAGGACAUCCAGGUGCGUUAUAACAGAUUCAACAUCCUCAGCAUUACAAUGGGCCCACGGCUGCAGAACAAGGUGUGUGGACUGUGUGGGAACUUCAAUGGGGACCCCACUGAUGAUUAUAUCACCUCUCGUGGAAAACCUGCCGUCAGUGCACUGGAGCUCGCUCAGAGUUGGAAAACCAAUGGCAUGCAGAACAGUUGUGAUGAGACGCAGUAUGUGGCCCUGGCUCAAUCCUGUGAUAAUACAGCAGUAUCAGAGCUCCAGGGAGAAGAAAACUGUCUAAAGCUCACAGAUUUUAAAGGUUUCUUCCAGCCCUGCCACGGCCUACUGGACCCUCACCCCUUCUACCAGUCCUGCUACAUGGACGGCUGCUACAACCACCGUAAGGCCCAGGUGUGCGGCUCCAUGGCAGCCUACGCUGAGGCCUGCCGCUCUUUCGGCACACUUACCACCAAGUGGAUCGCCCAGGAGAACUGCUCAGAAUGGAUCUAUGACCCCUGUGCAGGAGAGAUCUGCUCUAACAACACGUGUGAGCAGGAGAAUGGAGGAGAUUUGUGUGGCUGCCCUGAGCUACCCAGCACUGACAUUAGUGAGGAUGACAUCAUCCAGGCAGAGGUGACCUGUAAACACGCUCAGAUGGAGGUUUCUAUCUCUAAGUGCCGUUUGUUCCAGUUGGGCUUUGAGAGAGAGGACGUACGAAUUAACGACCAGCACUGUGCUGGUAUCGAGGGAGAGGAUUUCAUCUCGUUCCAUAUAAACAAUACCAAGGGACAUUGUGGCUCUAUUGUACAGUCGAAUGGAACACACAUUAUGUACAAGAACACGGUGUGGAUCGAGAGUGUGAACAACACAGGGAAUGUAGUGACACGUGAUAAGACCAUCAAUGUGGAGUUUUCUUGUGCUUAUGAACUGGACAUCAAGAUCUCCCUGGAGACAGUAUUGAAGCCAAUGCUCAGUGUAAUAAACCUCACUCUACCGACCCAAGAGGGCAACUUCAUCACAAAAAUGGCCCUUUACAAGAAUGCCUCAUACCGACAUCCAUACCGUGAGGGAGAAGUGGUGCUGAGCACCAGGGACAUUCUGUUUGUGGGGGUGUUUGUGGAAGGAGCAGAUAAUAAACAGCUUAUUCUCAUUGUGAACAUGUGCUGGGCUACACCAUCUCGUUACAGCAGCGAUCGCCUUCGUUACAUUAUCAUAGAGAGAGGGUGUCCUAACAUCAAGGAUAACACUAUAGGCAUGGCUGAGAAUGGCGUGUCCCUCACCUGCCGCUUCCACGUCACUGUCUUUAAGUUCAUUGGUGAUUAUGAUGAGGUGCAUUUGCAUUGUGACGUCUCUCUUUGUGACUCAGAGACCAACACCUGCAAAGUGGUGAGAGCUUGUAUACAC